CACAAAAUAAAGUGGCAGCUAGAGUGAUCGUGUUUUUGUAAGUGGAGGCUGACCUGAACGCAGAGGAAAACCGCAGGGAAAAAACGGGAAGUUUUUAGAAAUCGGUUUUAGUUUUGGUUUUGCAGAUCUGGCAACCCUGAUAACACUGCUAAUGGUUCUUGUUGUUUACAAGUAUUUCAGACAGUAUGGGCAAGUUAGCAGUUCUCUCGUUAGUUGUUAUUGCUCUGGCAGCUUUCAUCGGAGAAAGGCUCAUUGCACUUAGGCAUUUAACACUUUCCUCCAGAGAACUUACGCAAAACUACCUUCCUAACUGCCGCCUAAUAAAGGGCAUAGAGUUUGGGGCUGAAGAUAUAACCGUACUUGACGACGGAUUGGCUUUUCUGAGCACUGGCUUGAAGUAUCCAGGCGUACCGUCCUAUUCAGAUGACCCAGGAAAGAUCUACACCCUAAAUCUGUUUGAUCUUGAUCUGAAAAUUGUAGGACUGAAAAUCAAGGGUCAGUUUGACAAAGACUCUUUUAAUCCACAUGGAAUCAGCGUGUACACGGAUGACGAAGAUGGUGCCGUAUACCUUUUUGUUGUUAAUCAUCCUCAAGGCAAAAGUCAGGUGGAGAUUUUCAGAUUUGUUGAGAGUGAAAAUGCUCUUUACUACAUCAAGACCAUCAGGCAUGAACUCCUGCACAAUGUGAAUGAUAUAGUAGCUGUGGGAACCGAAAGCUUUUAUGCCACCAAUGAUCAUUACUUUACUAAUGAGAUUCUCAAGCUUGUGGAGCUGUUACUGUCUUUGCCCUGGUGUGACGUCGUCUACUACAGCCCUCAGACCGUGCAGGUUGUGGCAGGGGGGUUUCCAUCUGCCAACGGCAUAAAUAUCUCCCCAGAUAAAAGGCAUUUGUAUGUGUCAAACAUCAUGAAGCACAAAAUUAGUGUCCUGGAAAUACAGAAAAACACUGUAUUGUCUCACGUAAAGGAGGUUCAUGUGGGGUCAAUCUGUGACAAUAUUGAGGUGAACCGUGAAUCUGGAGAUCUUUGGCUGGGCUGCCACCCAAACGGUCUCAAAUUCUUGCUUAGUGAUCCCAAUGAUCCGCCGGGCUCUGAGGUUAUCAGGAUUGAAAACAUUCUCUCUGAAAAGCCCAAGGUGACUCAGGUAUAUGCAGAUGACGGCAGUGUGAUUAUUGGUUCUUCGGUGGCAACACAAUAUGGAGGAAAGUUGCUCAUUGGAACAGUUUAUCAGAAAGCUCUAAUCUGUGACUUUGAAUAGUGAAUAUGCUCAAAUAAGAAUAAAUAGAGCAUAUCAUUUCAAAUAUUCUUUUAUUUUUCUUCAAACAAAUUAAAGACUAGGGGCCAGAUUUACUAUAAGCUUGGCCAGCUUGGCCAGCUUGGGUGGAGUGAAACUGUUUUGAGUUAACUUCACUUGAUUUUACAAUGUCCUAUGACUUUAUAACAAAAUAUUUUAAUAGUAUAUGUAAGUGAAAACGAAAAAUUUAUGAUAAUUUAUGAGUGAACUUUACGACUUUUUUUUGCAACUAUGAUAAGCACAGUGCCCUCUUUGGGUAGAUAAAAUGCAGUAGUAUGUUGUAUCUGAAAUGUUUUGAAUGCCUUUUCCUCAUGUUGCGUUCCGGUC